UGCAGUGGUCCAACAUGGCUACCACGGACGGGAGCAGUGUGUCAGCUCGCGGGCAGCCAACUCUCGUCGCCAACAAUGUUUCCAACGGCUCGGAUCAGCCCCAGAACGGAGCCCAGCAGGGGGUUAAAAGGAAAGCGGAGGAUGAUCCGAAUGAUGGCAUCCCUCCCAGCAUGCUCCAGCCGCUGUACUGCAAGGUGUGCAACGUGAGCCUGAACUCCCCUCCGCAGGCACGGUCGCACUACAAUGGGAAGAACCAUGCCAAGAAAGUACGACAGUACCUUAGCAAGACACAGUUGUCACAAAUGCAAGUGUCACAGGAUGAUGAGAGUGAGACUGCAACUGUAGUAGCGCCACCUACAUUCACUCCUGACAAGGAAUCGGCAGGUGAAGCGGCGGAUGCGGAAGCGAGUGAAGACCCGAGUCGAUUUGACUACUGUAAAAUCUGCGGCGUGACGUUCAACUCUGCCGUCCACGCCCAGUCACACUACCAGGGCAAACCUCACGCCAAGCGGUUAAAAGCUCUCAUGGCUGCACAGAACAGACAAGAUGGCACGGGGGCAACUACAAGGCAAAAGUCGCAGUUCUUGUGCCAGACGUGCAAUAUCUACCUAAACUCUCAGACUCAGUUGGAAAGCCAUUUGUCCAGUAUGAAGCAUCAGCGGAAGGCCACGCUGGACAAGCAGACGUCACAGGCGCUCAGGGGGCGCUGGGCAGGGGCAGACACAAAUGGAAGGGUAGGAACUCCACUUUUCCCCGUGGGGCCGACGUUUGUGCCAGCCUCGUCCCCCGCCCCCUCCCCCCCAGCGACCAAGCCCCCCAGGGUGCCCAAGGACCUUCUGAACUGCAUCACCCCCUCGGGGAAGUUCUACUGCGCGGCGUGCAACCUGACGCUCAACUCCGAGGCACAGUUCCGACAACACCAGGAGAGCAAAAAGCACCGCGCCAAGAAUGCUGCUGCUAAGAAAACGGACGUGCCGGCCGUGCCCACAUGACCAGCAGGGGAGCUGUAGCUCUGGGUUCUCUUAAGUUAUGCAACAGACGUUAAACUUAAAGCUUUUGGCAAGGAAGGAAGCGAGGGGUGCAGUUAUCGAGACCAGGUUGUUUUGGACGAGAUUCAUCAGUUGACCUUCUUGGCCAAAAUCAUUGUAUAGCAUUCUCAUAAUGACCCUAUUGGAACAUCUCCCUACUGUUGGGUCUUCAGCAGCCCAAGCUUGCCAAAACCUGUUAUCUACAUGUAAGUGAGUAUAAUGUCGGAAAGGGGCUACAACGAGAUGAUAUGAUGCUGUCAUCAUAAUGUCUGUCUAGAAACAUCUGUCUAGAGUCUAGACACAUUUUUUCCCGUGAAAACAAACAUUCUGAGAAAGUUCUUGAUGUCAAACAUUCAAGACUACAAACAAAAAUGAAAGCUUUUGUGAAU